UCCCUCCUCCUCCUCCUCCUCCUCUCCCGGGCUCCUCCGGCCGCGGGCAGAGCGCGCCUCUUCGCCGCCAUGGCCACUCCUCCCAAGCGCGGGCGGCUGGAGGGCAGGAUCAAGAAGAUCGCUGUGGAGGGCAACAUCGCUGCAGGGAAAUCGACGUUUGUGAAUAUUCUCAAACAAGCUGGUGAGGAAUGGGAAGUUGUUCCUGAGCCUGUAGCUAGAUGGUGCAAUGUUCAGCAAAACUCUGAAGAGGAUUGUGAGGAGCUGACUGAAUCACAGAAGAGUGGGGGAAAUGUCCUUCGGAUGAUGUACGAGAAACCAGAGAGGUGGUCUUUCACUUUUCAGACGUAUGCAUGUCUCAGCAGGAUCCGAGCUCAGCUCAGAUCCCUUGAUGGCAAACUCAGGGAGGCAGAGAAUCCUGUGGUCUUCUUCGAGCGAUCUGUCUACAGUGACAGAUACAUCUUUGCAGCUAAUUUAUAUGAGUCUGAUUGCAUGAAUGAAACUGAAUGGACUAUUUACCAAGACUGGCAUGACUGGAUGAAUAAGCAGUUUGGUCGAAGCCUGGCACUGGAUGGGAUCAUUUAUCUCAGAGCCACUCCCGAGAAAUGCUUAAAUAGGAUUUACUUGCGUGGAAGAGAUGAAGAGCAAGAAAUUCCCAUUGAAUAUCUGGAGAAGCUUCAUUACAAACACGAAAGUUGGCUUCAGCAUAGGACGCUGCGAACGGAUUUUGAGUAUCUCCAGGAAAUACCUAUUUUAACGUUAGAUGUUAAUGAAGACUUCAAAGGCAAAAAAGGCAGAUAUGAUCACAUGACUGAAAAGGUCAAAGAAUUUUUGAGCACAUUAUAAUCCUCUCUGAAGCGCAGGCAGAGUCAAACUGUUCCAAACAUCUGUGCGAUCAAAGUCUGAAGUACAGCUUCUGCUUUUAUAGAAGGCCUCUGGAGAGGCAGGACUCAAUCCUGUUGAUUUAAUUGUGAGGAACAAAGAAACUUUGUGAAUAGGGAAAUUAUUAAAUAAAUCAGUAGGUCUGUUCAGUAUUGUAUUAAGUAACACACAAAUUCUGAAGAUACUAGAAUUCUGAGAGUUGCCAAAUAUUGCACCUGUUUCUAAUCAGACCAGUAAGUUCUUCUGGAGUAUUUUAUUGUAUUUUUUAAUUUAUUUUGUGCCCAGUAGCUAUUUAAUUUUCAAGAAGGUAGUGGUUUUUUAGAUUUCUUAAGUGGUUUUUUAGUGGAAUUGAUUUGUAAUGGAUGUCUCAUUGUUCUGAGGAAGAAAAGAGUAAAAACCAUUUUUGCUGGUGAGGGAAUUUUAAUAUAACCUGGAGUUUUAUAUUGUAAGCUAUUAAAAAAAGUCGUCUGACAAUUUUGAUAGAUGAAGUUCUUCACAGAAUACACUGAAUUAAAACAAAUCCAAAUAUGGCUGAAAUUCUGUAGAUAGCAAAUUAGUUUUUAUAUCCGUUUUCAUUGUGCACUGCAAACUAGGAUAUUAAGAGGCUUUCCAUUCUCUAGCGUGUUUGGG